AUGUCUCUUCACCCGGGCUGGGCCCCUUUCCGGCCCUCGGACCCUCGGUCCUCGCGAUGGCGUCUCUUGGACUCGCUGAGCCUGAGGACAGCUCUGCUUCUGCAAGCUCUGUACCAUUCGGUGGAGGUAUGUAAGAUGUGGGUGGUUUCAAACCUCAACUCCCAACGACAAACACAAACCGUUUCGGAUCUGAAGCCCGGAGCGAUCUCCAAACGGCCCAAGGCUCGCGGGCGGCUCCCACCGGUCGUGAGGCUCGCGAGCUCGGCCGAGCUGCGCCUUCCACGAAGUCGAAUGAAGCUGAGGCGCCUCUGCGCCUGUCUGUCUUCUCACCACGACCAGUCCGGUCUCACCCUGCGGAAUCGGUGCCUCGCCUCACGCCUUCCGGAAGAGGUCCGAAACGUGGCCAUGGCGAAGGCUCUGAAAGCGUUGACAUUGAACCGGUCCCGGAAAGCCAUCCUCUUCCUUUUGCCCCGAGCCACCGAUCGACAGAAGCCAAAACGGGAUCCCACCGAGCCGAGCCGAGCCGAGCCGACGCUGCUCGUGUCCUGCAGACCACGGCUUUUUGGGCUCGGAUCUGGCGUGAGCUCGACGCUCGGCCUGGCCAUGCGCCCGUGCCCAUGGCAAUAUGAGCCGUUGAACAUUGAGGAUCCUGAUGAUGUAGCGCCACAGAAGGACACAAAGGCGUGGAAAAGAUCAAAGGAAUGCUUCACCACGGUUCUGUGCCUCGUGGACUUUGUCAGCGACGUCCUGGCUUCGCAAGCAAAUGCACACUCGAGUCAUGGCCUAGUGAAGAAAUUGGGCUACUUUGGUGCAGCUUUGCUCUUGGUCUCCGUGAUUGUGAACACCUGUGUGGUGUGGAGGGUGUGUAGCGAUUUUGCUGUGUGGAAGCGCCUCACAAGCAAGGCUCCAGUGGCAUCGCAAUGCUUUCGGCUGUUGGCUAGUACCAAUCCCGAGGUCUUGCUAUCGUUCUUUGCCCUGAUGUUAGACGGGUCUUUUGAGGACGAGCAAGUUCUCCUCGCGGGGAGGAGUGUGAAGAAAUGGGGCCUUUUGUCCCAGUUGUUUGAAGAUGUGCCCCAAUUCGGGGUUCAAGCGGCAUCUCUGACGAUUUCUUGGAUCAACGGAUGGCCUGUGACCAUGCCCGUGGUCUUAUCCGUAUGUUUCACCCUCGUGAUGCUCUUCCUCAAGGUCAUCACGAACAGCCUGGUCCUGGUUCUCCGCACGGACUUCCAGAAUGCCACGCUGGAACGAGCUGCCAUGGGCCGUGCGGUGGCCGUUUGCCCGAGGCCGGAUCACGCGUUACACCUCGUCUUACAGGCCGCGCUUGCCUCGGGCAACGUGGUCUUCCUGCGCUUCGCAGGCCCUAUUCCACUGCCAGACUGCCCUGUGACGGGUCAAGAUCUGGGUAUCAUGACUUUGUUGGUCUCCUACUUGAUCGGGGUCUUUCUGGUCCUGGCUUUGGCCUACAGCUUCCGUGAACGCUUGUGGCACUGCAUUUUGCAGUUGGAGCUCUCAGCGCUUCUGAUGGCCAUCGCCACGGUGCACCCGGUCAGCUUGCUGCAGAUUGACCCUGGCCUGCCCAAGGAAGCUGGCUGCUGUUGGACGGGCUUCUUAGUGCUGGGACCCCUUCUGCGAUGCUUGGCCAUGGCGAGCCUCGCGGCUUGGGGGGUUUGGCGGAGUGACUUUCCGGUGCCGGAGAACGCGUGCAUCGCGCUUUUGGUGGGCAAUGUCCUGGGCAUCCUGCAGUUGAUUAUCUUCCUGGAUGAAGCAAAGGGCGAGGCCCAUCAGGAGGUGAAAACCUUCAAGGACCUUGAAGAUCUGGAGCGAGAGCAGCAAGAGGAGGUGAAUGAACUCCUUGCGCAGCUUCAUAGCUGUUCAAGACUGCGAGAUCUUCCCGACGUGCUGAGUUGCUGGGAGGACCUGGCGGUGUUGCGACCCCUCGACCGGCGCAUCGAUGUGGCGUACCAGUUGAACGAGGCCUUCAACAAGAACAAGAGCUUCGAGGCCAGGGCAGCGGUGAUCUAUUCGCUGGACGCCGCGUGGGAGUGGAAGAUGUACGCGGAAGCGAAGCAGAUCAAGGAGGAUCAGGAAGAGGCUCGCCAGUGCCUUGGCAUCGUGGAAGCCGCCCGCACCGGGCGUGCCGGUGCCGUUCGACACUUUCUUGGAGAGAACCCCCGCCUGCUGGAGGAGAAAGAUGCUUCGAGCCGCAGCGAUAGCCUGCUGCAUCUGGCCGCCCGGGAGGGCCACGCUGCCACGGUGGAGGUCUUGCUGGAGAAAGGAAUUGAGUUUGAAAAGAACAAUGAAGGUAACACCGCCUUGCACCUUGCGGUGUCUGGAAAUCAUGCUAGCACCGUGCGGGUGCUGCGAGAUGACUUGCACAUCAGCGAUGCACUGCUCCUAAACGAAGCCGGUGACGGUGCUGUGCACCUGGCGGCCUGCAAGGGGCACUGGGAGACCAUCGAGGCCCUCCAGCUUGAGACACAUCAGAUCCGCUUGCAGCUUAAUCGCGAUGGUGACAGACCAUUGGCGCUGGCUGCCUGGUAUGGCCAUGACAAAAUAGUGGAGCUCCUGAUCUCUUUGGGUAAGGAUGAGGAUGAGGAGGAGGAGGAUGAGCUCGAUCACAAAGACGCAAACCGCUAUACUGCAUUGCACUUGGCAGCCCAAGAAGGCCACAACGAUGUUGUGAAGCACCUGCUCAAAGCUCGGGCAUCGAUUCGACAGAGAAAUGAUGAAGGUCAAGAGCCACUGCACCUUGCGGCCUGGUGCGGUCGCACGGAGACGGUGAAUCACUUGGUGUUUACGGCCAAGGCAGACCUGAGCUGCAGAGACGAACAUCGUCGGUGCCCAUUGGCGCUUGCAGCGUGGGAAGGCCACAGCGAGGUGGUGAAGCUCCUCGUCGACGCCCAAGCGGAAGUGAAUGACCAAGACAAGGAUGGUGACACUGCAUUGCACCUGGCAGCCAUGAGUGGCCACAACGAUGUUGUGAAGUUCCUGGUCGACGCCGACGUGUUAAGAAUGAAGAAUGAAGGUGGUCGGUGCCCAUUGGCGCUUGCAGCGUGGGAAGGCCACUGCGAGGUGGUGAAGCUCCUCGUCGACGCCCAGGCGGAAGCGAAUGACCAAGACAAGGAUGGUGACACUGCAUUGCACCUGGCAGCCAUGAGUGGCCACAACGAUGUUGUGAAGCUCCUCGUCGACCGCAAGGCGUUCCUGAGUGUGAAGAAUGAAGAGGGAAGCACACCGCUGGACGUGGCCAAGGAUCUCAAUGACGACGUCCGGCGCAUGCUGCAGCCCCCGUGAUGGAGGAUUUCGCGGCCACUUGUUCUGAAGAGGAUUGGAGUUGGAGGGGGCUGGUGAUAGGCUUCACCGCGGCGAGCCCGAGCUCGUAUCUGCCGUGGCGCCCACCCGUGGUGUCCGCGUGGGCGGUGAGUGCUGAGGUCCGGGGUGGGA